ACUUGCAGUGCAGAGACCACAAGCAAGAAGACUCCGAAGCCGGGAGUAGAAGUACCAACAUUUUUUUUCCACUGGAGCUUAGAGAGCCGCGCUGAAAUUCUGCCGUUCUUGUUCUUGUUCUUCUUCUUCUACCGCGGACUGUUGCUACUGGAGCUCCGAUACAACCGAUUGGUCACACCGCUAUACACCAGAUCCUUCUGGCUAUAGCAGCUAAACAUCGUUGGUAGUAAACUCUUUGGAGUUUGGUAAGAGUCGCCCUUUUUUAUUCUUCGCUUGUGAGAGUGGACUGCACUGAGACUUGGGAUCGAACCCAGCUUUUUGAGGGUAAACGGGCGGGGAAAGUUGGCGCAAACUUUCCACGGCUUGUCGAGCUGCGAAAGUUUUUGGCCAAGACUUCUUAAAAGUCCGCCUGAUUUUUUUUUACGACAUACGAAGUGCAAGAUUUAACAGGCUGUCCUAAGCACUGAAAUUCUUCAGGAAAGUUCCCUGUAUCAGUUGAGAAAGCAAAGUGUUCAAGAAGCAUCCAUUCACUCUUGGUGCUGACAAGAUGGCGCUGUCAGCGUGUUCAGGCCCUUGUGUGGCCCUUCUCCUGCUCUACUUUGGUUUGACCUCCUGCACUCCUUCCGGACCGGCCUCUCCCACGUGUGCUACAUUAGAACAGAGUCGCUUCUUCGGUGUGUUCUCCUCCGCCACCACCUUGCCCUCCACUCCGUGCUCCUGGACCCUGCAGAACCCCGACCCCCGUCGCUACACCGUCUACAUGAAGAUCACCAAGCCCACCGACUCCUGCACUCCUCGCCAGAUCCGGACCUUCCAGUUCGACUCCUUCAUCGAGACUUCCCGCACCUACCUGGGAAUGGAGAGCUUUGAUGAGGUUGUCCGGCUGUGCGACGCUUCGACCACUGUCACGUAUCUGGAAUCAAGCAAGCAGUUCCUGCAGAUUCGCAAGGUUGCCUCAAGAAAUGGUCUGGCAACGGUGACGGCGGAGAACGAUGUCAGCGAGUUCAAGGCUGAGUUUCUGGUGGUCGGAAAGAGGAACCCAAGCAUGCCUGCUUGCCAAAUGCUGUGCCAGUGGCUCGAGAAGUGUCUGUCCAGCAGCACCCACGAUUACCCCUGUGGCAUCAUGAACACCCCAUGCCAGUGCUGGGAGGCCCCCAAGAGGAAGCCAGGGAGCUGCUACCGAGGUGGUGUCUACGUCGAGAAAUGCCUGCCAGUUCCCAAGGACAACGGGCGCAGCGCAGAGAUUACAAAAGGCUGGGCUGUGUGGGGACGCUGGUCUGUAUGCAGCCAGGAGUGCGGUGGUGGGGUGCAGGUGCGAAGCCGGAGCUGCCAGCCUGAGGAUGACAUCUGUGAAGGAACUGUUGAAGAGGGCCGCGCUUGCAAUCCCCAGCCCUGCAUUGGCAAAGAACGCAGCAGGAGUCAGGGUCUGCGUGCCAUCGUUGGCUUGAAAAGAGAAAACGCUGAUGAGCCUAUUCAUGGAGUUGUUGCCACCCAAAUCGGUCCUAAAAGUGAUGAGUGGUCGAGCUGGACUGCGUGUUCAGUCACCUGCGGCGAGGGCUGGCAGAGCCGCACACGUGUCUGCGCCACCUCUUCAUUUUCCAGCCAGUGCACCGGAUCCCUGCGUGAGAACCGCCCCUGCAACAACACCGCCGUCUGCCCAGUGGAUGGAAUUUGGGAUGAGUGGACUCCCUGGAGCUUGUGCUCAUCCACGUGUGGUCGUGGCUUCCGUGAUCGCACCCGCACAUGCAAGAUGCCGCAGAAUGGGGGCGAGCCCUGCCGUGGCCCCUCAAGGCAAACCAAGUUUUGUAACAUCGCAGUGUGUCCAGUGGACGGCUCUUGGAACGAAUGGUCCGCCUGGAGCGCCUGCUCUGCCUCCUGCUCUAAUGGCACCAUGCAAAGGACUCGGGAAUGCAACGGCCCCUCAUAUGGAGGUUCAGAGUGUCACGGAGGCUGGGAGGAGACAACCACCUGCUUCCUGAAAGAAUGUCCCGUUGAUGGACGUUGGCAUUCGUGGAGCUCAUGGGGCAGCUGCAGCAAAACUUGCGGCGGUGGAAUCCAGCAGAGGCAGAGGGUUUGUCAGGGGCCUUUCUUUGGUGGAGAACCUUGUCCUGGUGAGGCAGGAGAGCAGAAGCGAUGCAACGAAAAGAGAUGUCCAGAGCCCCACGAGAUUUGCCCUCAGCAGAGCGCUGGAGAUGUUGUCUGGAGGGAGACUCCUGCUGGAGAGACAGCUGCCGUCUCUUGCCCUACUGAUGCUGCAGGUGUGAUCCUUCGCCGCUGUGCCCUCAAUGCUGUUGGUCUUGCCACCUGGGAGAACCCAAGUUACGUCAAGUGUGUCUCCAAGAACUAUGAGAACAUUCAGAUGCUGUCGAGGGACUACAUCGCCAAAGCACAGAUGGGCCAGAGUGUGGAUGGAGUGGCAGAAGUGAUUUCCCGUCUGAGAUUCUCCUCUGACCAAGGAGCCAAGUACAGCGGCGACCUCCUGGCUGUAAUGGAAAUCCUGAAAAACACCACUGAACUCUACCAGAGCACACGUCUGAAGCUGAGCAACGCUGAUGUGGAGAACUACGUCCAGGCCAUCAGCAACUUACUGAAGGAGGAACACCGUGACAAAUGGGAAGAGGCACAGCUGACGGGUGCCAACGUUAAGGACUUUCUGCACCUGGUGGAGAACUUUGUGAACAUGAUCGGUAUGCAGAUGAGCGGCUUCCUGGACAUCUAUGAGGUCACUGAGAAUCUAGUGCUCAUCAUUCACAAGCGCCCCACGUCCACAAACACGAACUUCACCAUUCCCACCAAGGGCUGGAGAGGGAUGCUGGAAUGGGUCAGAAACUCAGAGGAGAAGAUCUCCGUGUCCCGGGAAGCGAUGGCCAUCGAGCAGGCUGACGCGAAUGACGCGUAUGUGACCGGCAUCGUCCUCUACAGAAGCCUUGCCCCCAUCAUGUCCUUCCACAGUAACACCACCUUGCUCAACUCCAAAGUGGUGACAGUGAUUGUGAAGCCGACCCCAGCACUUGUGUCGUCCCCCGUCGAGAUCGAGUUCCCCCACCUCCACAACGGCACCAUGAAUGAGACGUGCCUGUCAUGGGACGAGAGCGAAACUUCCUCCCUGCUCGGUUCGUGGUCGGCUCGGAGCUGCAGAGCGGUACCAGUCAACUCAUUCAGAACCAAAUGCGUGUGUGACAGCUUCUCCACCUUCGCCAUCUUAGCGCACGUCAACUUCGACUCGAUCAUGGACAAGGCUCUGCUCCCAUCCGUGACUCUCAUCGUUGGCUGUGGGGUCUCCUCUCUCACCCUGCUGCUCCUCAUAAUCAUCUAUGUCUCAGUGUGGAAGUACAUCCGAUCGGAGCGCUCCGUUAUCCUCAUCAACUUCUGCCUCUCCAUCAUUUGCUCCAAUGCUCUGAUUCUCGUCGGACAAACUCAGGCUCGUAACAAGGUGGUUUGCACUCUGGUAGCUGCCUUCCUGCACUUCUUUUUCCUUUCCUCUUUCUGCUGGGUUCUGACUGAAGCUUGGCAGUCCUACAUGGCUGUCACUGGCCGUCUGCGCAACCGAAUCAUCCGGAAGCGUUUCUUGUGCUUAGGCUGGGGUCUGCCUGCCCUUGUUGUUGCCGUCUCUGUCGGAUUCACCAAAGCUAAAGGCUACGGAACAGUCAACUACUGCUGGCUGUCUCUGGAGGGCGGACUCCUCUACUCUUUUGUCGGGCCGGCUGCAGCUGUCGUUUUGGUGAAUAUGGUCAUUGGUAUUCUGGUCUUCAACAAGCUGGUAUCCAAGGACGGCAUCACUGAUGUGAAACUGAAGGAGAGAGCUGGCGCAUCUCUGUGGAGCUCCUGUGUGGUCCUCCCCCUGCUGGCCCUCACCUGGAUGUCCGCUGUGCUGGCCAUCACCGACCGUCGCUCCGCCCUUUUCCAGAUCCUCUUUGCUGUCUUCGACUCCCUUGAGGGAUUCAUUAUUGUCAUGGUCCACUGCAUCCUUCGCAGAGAGGUUCAGGAGGCUGUCAAGUGCCGAGUGGUUGACCGCAAGGAUGAUGGCAACGGAGACUCUGGCAGCUCCCACCACAAUGGGCACAACCAACAUUUGCAAUCUGAUAAUGAGAAGGAUGGAGAUUCCGGCAGACAAGGAAUGAAGAGUUCCUCGGAGGAGAAGAUGUCACAACCUCAGCUUCCUCUCCCCAUGGGCUCCAAUUUCCACACUCUGCCCUCCAACCCCAGUAAAGCCCACAUGCAGGCCGUCCCGGAAUACUCCAGCCACACCCUCACACUCAAGAGAGAGAAGAGCCGCCUCGCCGGUGGAGUCGACCCGUCCUGCGGACAGCCCGUCUACGUGUGCGAGGGGGAGCUCUUCAAGCAGUUGGACGCGGAUCUCGCUCGGGCAGAAGGUGGCGUUGCUGAUGGCUCUGGUUACGUCGUCAUGCCCAACACCACCUCUACCUUGAGAACCAAGCCCAAAGACGACCCAUCAAAAUACAACAUCAGCGUUGAGCAGCUGCCCCAGGCUAGACUCAUGCACCUGAGUGGACCCUACGCCGAGCCACAGGCAGCUUUUGGGAUGAAGUCGAUCCCCUCCGACCAGAUCAGCGUGUCAUAUUCCGAAAGGGACUCGCCCAUCCAGAACAUCCACAACAUGUCAAGCGAGUCCCACAUCACCCACAGCAGCCUGGAGAACACUUUUGAGUCCAUGAACUCCAUGAUGUCCAAGAGUGAAACCAUCUCCACGCUGUCCAUGAGCUCGCUGGAGCGACAGAAAUCCAGGUACGCCGAGUUGGACUUCGAGAAAAUAAUGCACACAAAGAAGCGCCACCAGAACAUGUUCCAGGACCUGAACAGGAAGCUGCAUCACGCUGAGAAGGACAGAGAGUCACCCGCCUCAGACAGCAAGUCUGUGAGAUGGAGUGUGUCAUCCGCAGGAAGUGACAAAACGAACCACAGCGAUAAGCAGCAGGGUCCUCUGGAAAGACCAUGGGAGAGUGUCCGGGGACUACCACAGUCGCCUCCCGCAUGGGUGCGCAAAGACCUGGAGCCUCUUGCUGCCUCCCCUCUGGAGCUGCACUCUGUGGAGUGGGAGAAGACCAGCACCACCAUCCCGCUCGUCGGACAGGACAUUAUUGACCUGCAGACUGAGGUCUGAGGUGAUUCAACAAAGCUGCUGCCUAAUUUCACCUCAGUUACCAUUUUUGCUUUGGGUCCCUCUAAUGGAGACCAUGAACGGCCAAGAGAGUAGGUCCAAGAAUCUGUGUCUUCAAUCCUCCACCAGACCUGGAGAAGAGGAUGGGCAGAUGGUUGGAGGAGAUGAAGUGGUUUGAUGUAGCUUCUCUGUGCAUACUUGGCAUCUGGUGUCAGUGUCAAGAGUCAGCAUUCGGUGGUUACCACGGACCAGGACUGGCCGUGGCUCCAGAGGCGCUUCACUCGAGAAUUCCCUGAAUCCUGCCGCCGAGGCUCUGCCGAUGUGGUUGGCAUGUCUGUGCAUCUUUUUUCCUUCAAUUCAACGUUGAAGAACCUAUGAAAUGUUGUGCCCGCCCUCAUUGCCAAGAGGAGCAAGGGGAACUCUUGACUGCAUCUCUUUCAGAAAUCGGACUGUGAAAAGGAGAGCAGAGGGAGAGGCUUCACGCCUGGGUGCAUUGUGUAUCUGUUUUGUGGUUUAUUUAUUGACUUCUUUCUCUUUGUUUUAGUUUGAACGGCUGCGACUAGAUACUUGAGUCGAAUGCAAGACUCUAUGAGAAACAAAGUAUUUUCUUUUCCUCUGUAAUAACCGUCCUGAUGACAUUAAUACCUACUUGGUUCCAAUUUCCUCUCCCCUGUCAUGAUGUUCAGGCACAGAUUUGAUCUAUUUUUUUACGACGGAACACAAUAUUAGGUUCAAAAAACGAUGGAUCUGUAAUGUGUUGUCAGCCGGUAUGGACUGCAUUGGGACAAACAUACGGAGUGGUGAUGGAAGUGGUUCACGUUCCUGGUUUCCCCCGGCACUUCUGUUGCUUCGAUACUGAAACACCAGCACCAGGACUAACACAGACUCUCACACAGGAAAGAGCAGUGCCUCUGGAAAUCGCUCGGAGUCAAUGAGAGGCGGUGGAGAAUAGUGCCGCCUUUGUUAGCACAAGACGCAGGCUCUUCCAUGUUGGAUUUAAGGGGUUUGCAAGACCUUUCAUCAUCGCCAUUUUGUUUCUCAGCCUUGCAGGACUCUUGGACCGAGCCGAGGCUGCUGACACUGAUAAGACUUCCAGCAAAGUGUCAGCUCCUCAAGACUUCAACACAUAUGUGUUUUUAGCCAUCAGUGUGAUACAGUGCAAUAUGAUGGGCGCUUGAUGCUCAAGCAAGAUUUAGACCGUUUUUUCUUACCAAUGUUUCAAAUUUUGUACGGCAUCUUCCUUAUAUUUACAAAGCAUAUAGAUGCUUUCUGAGACUAUUGUAUAACAAAUCUGUAUUAGUAAUUCAAGGAAUUUAUUCUUUAGAGAUUUGUUAGCACAAGACUCCAUAUUUGGAGGCCUACGUGACUGGUAGACAAUUGUGGAUCUAUAAAGCAUUAUCUAGUAUGAAUGAUAGCUUAUUAAUAUCUUUAAACUGUGCUUCAGGAUAUUUGUAAUUACUCUGUGCUGUGUAGCAUCGAGUAAUUGAACCUCAUGUCUUCUGUAUCUGUGCGUUUUGAUUCCCCUGUCUGGAACUCAACGGUAUGUGCCACCACCUGACCCCACUGUUCCCUCAACAGCCCCCUCACCCCCCAGCCCUUCCAAACCUCCAGUUACUUGUUCCUACAAAUUUCUAUUUGUGAUACACUGU